CAGUGUAUGGAAAGAUGAAUGUUUUGCACGAAUUAAGAGCUGAUGAAAAGCUCAAUACCAAUAUUGAUAAAAUUGCGCCUUGGCAUCUUUGGUGUCGCUUAUGUGCGAAACAAGAUAUUCAAAACAUUAGUGUUUUUUUCAAAGAUGAACAUAUGGUUGCUUCUACAGGCAAUGGAGAGGAAAACAAUCUCGGCCUUAAUAUUGCUAUUUCUAAAUACUUUUGUGUGCAAAUAAAAAUGAAUGAUGAACUGCCAGACCGAUUGUGUACUGAGUGCUUUUCUUUAGUAACGUCUUUGGUUAACUUCAAUGAACGGGUGAUAAAAGUGCAGGAAAUGUAUGAAGCCCUUCAAAGGCUUAGUGACAUUACAGAAAUAGACUAUCAAACGUUACGUUUGAAGUUUGGUGUGCCAAUUGAUGAUCGACCACAUGAGUUUCUAUGUCGUACACUAGAGGUACACUUACAUGAAGAAAAACCAAAAACAAAUGAAUUUUUUGAAAAAAGUUUUAUGGAAGAAGCUGUGAUAGAUAUUUUACCAAAAGUGUGUAACAAAGUUAUUGAAAUAAAGRAAGAAARYUCAAUWGARUUAACACCGYCGGCRGAUGAAGAUGCAUACGRUUUUGAAAAUGAAGACGCUUGUKACGAAGACCCUUUUSKCAGYGAUAGUGAUAURAAAAGCRAUGAAAAUUCUAGUUCUAGUGAAAGUUCAGUGAAUAACUCACGAAAAAAACGUAUGCAAGAAAAAAAUGACACGGAAAUAGAUGAAACAAAUAUUAAUUAUAUUAAAAAAAGAAAAAUUAAAAGAAAUGAUUUUAAAAAAGCAGAAGAGAGUGGGGAUGGUGAAUGCAAUGAAAUAUAUACAUGCAAAGAAUGUGCGCAGACAUUUAAAAAAAUCUCCAAUUAUCGCACACAUAUGGAACGCAAACAUGGACAACUUGCGRUCGUGCCCAAAUUCACAUGUACCGAUUGUCCAUUUACAUGUAACACCCAAGCACAACUCAAUCAUCAUGCCGUUAAACAUGUGCCCUGCCCUCAUUGUGACCGAAAAUUCCCCACUAAGACAAUUGUGGCAAAGCAUAUAAAGUAUGUGCAUUUGAACGAACGCUCCUUUAUUUGUGAGGAAUGCGGCGAAGCUGUGCGCUCAAAGGGACAACUUAAACAACAUAUGCUAACACAUACAGAUUAUGCGCCGUUUGAAUGUGAAGUGUGUAAAAGAGGCUUUAAAAAUCAAGGACGACUUAAAAAACACAUGAAAAUCCAUAAUCCAAAUAAGCACAUUUGUGCCGAAUGUGGUUUACAAUUAAACUCGAAAGCUACAUUCAACCGUCAUUUGCUGGUGCAUUCCGAUGUCAUGCAACAUAARUGUGACUUUUGUGGACGRGCMUUUAAGCGYGYARAGGCRYUAAAAAAUCACCUUAUUCUGCAUACAGGUCUCAAACCCUAUUUGUGCGACUUUUGUGAUAGAACAUUUGCUAACGGUGCUAAUUGUCGUACGCAUAAAAGAAAAGCACAUCCUGAAGAGUUAGCCGCUUUGGAAGCUUCUGGAGAAAAAGCAUAUACUAAAAAUAUACCGAAAUUAGCAGUACUAAAGUCUGUCACACGUGCGGCUGAUAAUCUAGCGCCCGUUGUUUCAAAACAAAGUGGAAAUUUCGCUUUCGGCAAGAAACCCAAACUGCCACCAGACAGCGUGGGCACUGUAAGUAAAAAACAAGCCAAAAUGCUCAAACAAGCCAUGACAACGCCAACGAAUCCUGCAUCGAUCGCGCCUGGCAAUAAUAAUGUCAAUCAUGGAAUACUUUUCGAAGUUGAAACGAAUAACCAGCGUGUGGACGAUGAACAUAACUCGCUUGGCAGAAAUAUACCCACAAUCGAUAAUAUAUACAAUCAUCUAAUGAAGCAAACUGCCACCAACAGUGGUUAUGCUAUGAACUCUACCUCCAUACUGAAUCCCAUGCAUACGGAAAUGAAACGCUCACACAGCGAAGACUCAUCACCUGCUAACAACAGUUGUGUCGCUAUUGAUAUAUCAAAUGUCAUUGCGCAGCAGCAAACGCCGCUUAAUCAUCAGAUAUUAGUGCCCGUACAAGAUGCUUCAGUCCAAAAUUUUUGUACAGCAUUUAUAAAGCAACAUCAAAUGGAUAAACAACAGCAACACAUAGCUGCAUUACAACAGCAACAUGACGAAAUAUCCAUACAUAGUCCGGCGAGUCAUAUUUCUCAUCACACAGAAGAGCUCUCCACAGCAUCAGCAAGCACAGCGGAAGCAAAUAAAUUCUAUAGCCACAUAAGACAACAUACUCCAGAUAGUUAUCUUUAGAUGUCACUUGAUAGCAAUAUAAGGCUUUCCUCAACAAAUGACUAUAAAUGUGAGUGCAUAUUGUGAGUGAUUUCUUUGUGUAGUUAUAUUUGAGUUCGUGUGCAGGUAUGUUCGUAUUUACAGGGUAGUGCUAAUGUAGUUAUAAAUUAUUAGUAAUUUUAAAUUGUGAAUAUUUUUUACCGUUACAUCAUUAUUAAAGGCUGCAUUGAUGAUUUUAAGCCAAUGUCAACCUUAUCUCCACAGUUACAUAAUCAAAUUAUGUAUUUCAAAUCAAUUUUUUUUUUACAAACAAUAGUGUUUAGAUAUACUCCAAAAAGAUAACUUGUUUUUCUAUUAAAUUUUCAAUAAAUAUAUAUAAAUUGUUGCUAGUUUUAAUUAUGUGAAUCUGUCUAUAGUGUGUAAAGUGUAUACCCAAGCUUAAAUAUGAGUUUU